AUCAGCUUAUUUAUUGAAGCUCCUGCUUUCUCCCUCUUCUUCUGGUCUCUCCCGUAUCAUUUCUCGCGGGUGAUAAUGACCGCUGCGGUUCGCGGUCAUCUUCAGUACGCAUCUGGCCUCGUAACACAGCAGAAUGUCCUCCGUGGUGCAGAAAACCGUCGAACCGGCGUUCGUCCAGCUCAGCGAACUGGCCUCCAAGAGUAGCGGUGGCCGGAUUCUGUUUGCGACGGACGAUUGGUUUGCACCGGCCGAAUGGAUGCUGGCCGAUUCGGAGCCGGUGUUCGUGGCGGACAAGUACACCACGUUCGGCAAGUGGAUGGACGGAUGGGAGACGAGACGUAAGCGGAUCGCCGGGCACGAUUGGUGCAUCGUCCGGUUGACGGCACCGGCGCGGGUCUGCGGCAUCAUGGUUGAUACGGCGCAUUUCACCGGGAACUUUGCUCCGAGGUUUUCGCUGCAGGGUGCCCUGUUGGAUGUGACCGAGGAGGAAUCGAUUCCGGAACGUGGCCGCGAGAUGAUGGGGACGGCCUGCAGUGAGAAGGAAUUGCAGCUGAUGGCCGCGCUCGGAAGUGACCGAUGGAAGGAGAUCAUCGAGAUGACCCCGCUGAAGCCGGGCUACGAAGAUACCCGCAAGCAGUACUUUAGCGUCACGAGUGACCAGGUGUUUAGCCAUUUGAGGGUCAACAUCUUUCCGGACGGCGGGAUCGCUCGGUUGCGCGUGUUCGGUCAGGUUCAACCGAAUCUUCAAGCGCUAGCCUCAACCGGUCGACUCGUAGAUCUGCUGGGAAUGCUCAACGGAGGUCAGUGCUUAACAUUCUCGAACGCCCACUACGGCCAUCCGAGGAAUCUGUGCAAACCUAACCGGGGCAUCAACAUGGGCGACGGUUGGGAAACGGCCCGACGGCUGGAUCGACCACCCGUCCUGAAAACAGACCGCCAAGGAAUCCUCCAAGUGCCCGGAUGCGAGUGGGCCAUCUUCAAGCUAUGCUCACCGCGCUCAAAAGUUGAAAAGGUCGUCGUGGACACGAACCACUUCAAGGGAAACUUCCCGGACAACGUAAAAAUUGAGGCCACACUACUAGCGGAAACCGCAACGCUGCAAUCCGCCCAGUGGAAGGUCAUGCUGGACAGCAGUAAGCUGUCGGCCCACCGGGAACACGUCUACCAGGAGGAAUCGCUACGGUUCCGGGGACCGUGCUCGCACGUACGCAUCACGAUGGCACCGGACGGUGGAAUUUCGCGCGUCCGACUGUUUGGAGUAGUUUUGUAAAUAAAUGUUGCUAAAAAUA